AUGGGACCAGCAGGAAGAGACUCACGAUCAAAACAGGAUAACCUCGGGUACGAUCAUAGAUCAAGAGAUAGGGAGUCGGGUUCAUCAUCAAGGUUCGGGAAGGAACGAAACGCACGAGAGACGCGUGGUGAUGACAGAAGCUCUAAGGCGAAGAUCGGCGGUUACAGUUUUAAUGUAAGCACGUCCGAAUUGGUGGAUGUUUUGAGGAGCAUGGGCGACAAGGUACGCUGGCCAAAAGAAAUGAGAUCAAAUCCAAACAGGCAAAAUCCUGAUUAUUGGUGCGAGUUUCACCAUGAUCACAGUCACAAAAUGGCGGAUUGUAGGUUGCUGCAAGGUGAAGUUGAAUAUUUAUUGAAGCAAGGGUAUCUAACUGGAUUAUUUAGUGAAAAAGGAAAGCAGGCAUAUAUGAAAAACAGACAGGAGCCCCCAAAACCCCCUUCACCAAAAAGGACUAUUAAUGUCAUAAGUGGGGGAGAAGAAAUCAAUGGCGUAACAGCAUCCAAGAAAGUUUCAAAAAAUUACAGUCACAUAUGGGAAGCGAGCAGCUCCGUGAAUACCAUUCUAUUAAGAGUGGUAAACGAAAUGCAAGCUGAAGAUAAGCUAAUACCCAAGGCGCACACCUUAUUUGGUUUUGACAACUCGAGCGUUGUAACAAAAGGUGAGAUAAUACUCACCACAUUCGCAGAAGGAGUUGUCAAAGACACGAAAUUUCAGGUGGUUGAGAUGGACAUGGCUUACAAUAUGAUCCUCGGUAGACCAUGGAUUCACGAAAUGGAUGCUGUGCCAUCUACCCUACACCAAGUUAUUAAAUUCCCUUCUCAAUGGGGAAUACGACAAAUCCGCGGUGACCAGCAAGCGUCCAGGAGCAUCAAUUCCGUAGCAGAUUCAAGUGCAAAAAAUGAAGAAAAAUAG